AUGGGUUUUCGAUCAAUAUUCGGCCUUGGCUUGGUCGGCUUGGCGGCUUUUUGGCUUCCUAUGAUUAUCCAUUUUUUGAAAAUCGGGGGUGCAUUUCAAACUCCAACACCGACAAUACUGGGAGAAGAUCAAGGCCCUAUCCGCAUCGAGGAUACCAUCCAUUGUGAAGAUGUGCAUCACUAUCGCCCAGCUAACUUAUUGUUCGCUGCGUGCGAAGAUAUCAAGGAUACCCGUUUUGACUGGUUCCCUGGCCUGGGCCAUCUAACGCCCCAUCCACCAGCUCGUGGAUCAAUCCAUGUUAUUGAUCCGAAGACGUUCAAGUCCAAGAGAUUGGCCUUUACAAAUUUCGAGGGUUCAUUUGUGACGCAUGGAAUCGACGUGAUUGAAGACCCCAAGCAGCAGGACGCGGUGUAUAUCUUUGCCGUCAACCAUUUGCCUAAUCCCAAAUAUUUCGACACAAGCGAACCUCCAGAGAAGACUCCCAAGGCACGCUCUCAAAUCGAACUAUUCCGCCAUGUCUUGCAAUCGGAUUCCGUGCAGCAUGUCCGUUCUAUUCUUCACCCGCUCGUGAAUACCCCCAAUGAUCUCUACGCCGUCAGCCCGGACUCUUUCUACGUGACUAACGACCACUUCUACCGGGAUGGCACCAUGCGUCUUAUAGAAGAUCUGUACCCACGCGCCAAAUGGUCAACAAUAAUCCAUGUCCAAUUGGCCACUCUGAAGACAAAAGAUGCAACAGUCGGCAUUGAGGCUUCGGUUGCCCAUUCUGGGCUUUGGAACAACAAUGGUCUCGGCCAUGGUCGCACCAAGAACGAAGUCGUCAUCUCCAGUGCUGUGGGUGGCGAGCUCUAUCUGGCCGAUCGGCACACCAACCACACACUUUCCAUACAUACCACAAUCCCUUUCGAUACGGUUACGGACAAUCCUAGCUACUACUCUGAUCCUUAUCGCACCGACUCGGAUGAUGCAAGUGGUUUUGUGGUUGCUGGUAUCUCAGAGCACCUCAAGCUUGUCAAGACUGCAAAGGACCCGAAUGGUCUUGACCCGGUACAGGUCUGGUAUGCUCGACCCCGGGCUGGAACAUGGGAAAAAAGACUGCUCUUCGAGGAUGAUGGAUCACGGAUUCGUACCGCCAGUUCGGCUGUUCUCGUCCCUCUUGAGCCCGAAAAUGGCAAAAAGAAGGCAUGGUUGUUUUUGACUGGAUUUUUGUCGGAUUCUAUGGUGGCUGUACAAGUUGAGCUGUAA